AUGGGGCCCUCUCGGAAGACUUCCAAUAGGCCCAAGAAGCGCACUUUGGUUCGCUGGGAUGAAAACUUGAACGAGCUCCUUCUGCUGACUGUUCAGUCCGUCUGCAAUACGAACUCAAUCAAGAUUCCUUGGGCAGAUGUCGCUAGAACCAUGGGACAUAACGUGACCGAGGGAGCGAUUGUACAGCACCUUGCUAAGCUCCGCAGUCGUCGAGUUGCAGCAGAAAAAGCCGUUCCUCCUCCCCUCCGACGUGGUGGCGUUGGUGUGUCAUGCAAACCGACAGCAGAAUCGCCCGAAAGAAACCCACAAGAAGAAGGAUCGAAGCGGGACAAUACCCAGAACAAGGUCGGUAGGGGCGAGUCAUGGAGUAAACACCAAGACCCGUCCUCGGAUGUAGACUGGGUAGAGGAAAGAGCUGCUAGGACACGGAAGAAGUUCCCACAGAAGAAGAGAUCCACAGUCCAAGCGGUGAAACGCCUUCCAGACCAGAUUAAAUAUGAGAGUGACGAUGAUGACAUGGACAGCAGUGUGGAUGGCUCGAGCGAUCUGUUACUUCCCGGUGCAAAGUUCCUCGAAUACCCGAAUGACAUGGGGCAGCCUGAGACAUCACCACCUGCCUCCGGCUCCGAAUCUAAGAGAAGUAAGGUGGUGGUACUCAGAUAUCGACGUCAUGCAAUCAAUGACGGUGUCGCUGUUUUUCAUUCUCUGGAUCUGGCCGUCGAUCCGGUUAACGUCCGUGAGGACGUACCUUAUCGUCAAUAUUACCAACAGCCUACUGAUGACAAUACUUAUUCUGCCGAGAGCAAUGCCCACUUCAUGGACUUGUUGAACCAAGACUCGCCUAUGGUCUUUGCGCCUGUAGGUAGCUCGUCCAUGGGGGUGCCCUCACAUGAGCAUGGAGUGGUUUCUCCUGGCGAUCUGUGGCAGAGUGGACUUGGUCAUCCGUUUCCAAGCACCAUGUAUCCGGCAUACCACAACACCGUUGAUGUCACUGCUGCCAGUGAUUCAUUGGACUUCUCUCAGGAGAUGUUUAACCGCCUUGCUGCCUUCGACCCUGAAAGCUUUCAGCACAUGUCGAACAAUUUUAUGCAGAUGGAUGAAACGAUCCACCACUUUCAAGUCUCCGACAACAUGAAGUGAGCUACCGAAGGGGAUGAGGCCUGUACCGAAUCAAGGCCGUGAAAGCUAUUCUUGACAUAUCUCUGC